CAUCGCGCAAGUUGUUUCUCGCCGCAGCUGAUCCGCACGUUGGAGUCUGAGACGAUUUAUUCCCGUCGCUUAUGCCGGAAUGCCUCCCAAAAAUGCCGGCAAGGGUGGAGGGGGCGCGUCCAAGAAAGCGGAGCAGAAGAAGAAGGAGAAAAUAAUCGAGGAUAAGACCUUUGGAAUAAAGAAUAAGAAGGGCGCCAAACAGCAACGCUUCAUCCAGCAGGUACAGCAUCAGGUUAAGCAUGGCGGCAAUAAGUCAACAAGGGAAAUGGAAAAGGAGAGGGAGGCUCAGGUGAAGAAAAAGGAAGACAAGAAGAAGGAACUGGCACAGCUCAAUGAACUUUUUAAACCCGUCCAGCAACUUGCAUCGAAAGGUAGUGAUCCCAAAUCCAUCCUGUGUGCAUUCUUCAAGCAGGGCCAGUGUGGAAAGGGAAAUAAAUGUAAAUUUUCCCACGACCUCCAGAUUGAACGCAAGUCUGAGAAACGCAGUGCUUAUGUUGAUUUGAGAGAUACAGAAGAAUCAGGUGGACCUUUGGACCAAGCUGCCUUGUUAGAAAUGGUAGAGAAGAAACAAGGUAAACUCAAGAAUAGGCCUACAUCUGAAAAGGUUUGCAAACACUUCUUAGAUGCAGUUGAAAACUCAAAAUAUGGCUGGUUCUGGGAAUGUCCCAAUGGUGAUACGUGUGUGUUCCGUCAUGCUUUACCACCAGGCUAUAUCUUAAAGAAGGAUCGAAAGAGAAUGGAGAAGGAAAAGGAAGAAAUCAGUCUAGAAGAGCUGGUGGAUCGUGAACGUGCAGCCCUGGGCGCCAAUACCACCAAAGUUACCUUAGAGACAUUCUUGGCUUGGAAAAAGAGGAAGCUCAAAGAAAAAGAGGAGAAAGAGAAGAAAGAAGCUGACAAGAAGAAAAAAGAUUUCAAUGCUGGCAGAAACCUUGGGCUUUCUGGUCGAGAGAUGUUUACAUUCAACCCCAGCCUUCUGACUGGUGGAGACGAGAUGGAGGAGGGUGACGAGUCUUUCGAUGUCCAUAAUCUGGGCAAAGAUCCGGAGAAUGAAGAGGAGGAGCGCUUUGAGUUUAAGGAAAUUGACAUGAACUCCUUGAUGUCAGAAUACAAAGAGAUUGACACGACAGACACAAUGUCAGUUGCCAAACCAGACAGACUACAGCAGCUGCAGGAUGAAGUGGCUCUAGCUGAAAAAGCUAAUGCUGAAGCUGUUGAUGAAGAAAAUGCAGAGGGUGCCACAUCUGGUGCAGUGGCGGCAUCAGUCGACAUAGAUGAAGAACUCUUUGAUGGAGAUGAUGAGGAUUUAGAUGAUUUAGAAGAGCAAUUGGAGGAAAUGACAGUUACCUAGGUUUAUAGUUUUAUGCAUGUUGAGUGCAGGGAGUAUGGGCCUUGUGUUAUUGGGUAAAGGAUCUUUCACAUUUGUUAAAGCAACCUUUGGUGUUUUUGGUAUAUCAUUUCCUGGCCUAAGAACUUUUAGUGUUCUAUUACGAUUAUUCUGUGAAGGAUAUUUUUUUUUUUUUUUUUCUGUACUGCUAGUACUGUAUUUGAAAUUCAUUGGAAUAUUCUGAUGGAGUGAGGCUUUAUGUAUUCAAGACCCAGCGGCUUUUUUACUUGCUAGUAAAUCCACAGAAUACCCAUUGUUUGUUAAUAACAGCAUAUAAUUGCAGAAAAGAAAGUAACAUAUUUGAAUACUUUUUUUUUUCUAUCUUUAUCUUUAUCUUUAGACUAUCUGCUUCAUUUGACCCAAGAAGGCAUCGGAUUUCCUAAUAUGUUCCUGCCAAGACUGUACAUUCAGAUAUUGUAGAAUUAUACAUUAUUCACCUAUGAACAGGGCACACACUGCUCCUAAACUUGAUAAAUUUUUAAUUAGGAAUAACAAGAAAGCUCAGAUAAAAGUAUUUCAAGUUCUGUGCAGCUAUCCAAAAUUGCACUUGCCAAUUCUUUAGCAGUUGAUAUUGAAAUUAGAGUCUUCCUGUAUUUGUUUCUCAUAUUAUUUAUGGAAAGCUUUCAAGGUUUUAUUAUUAUUAUUCCACUAUUCAUUUACUAGCAUUUUCCUAUUUUACAGUUUGAGGAAAAAACAGUGAUAACUCCCUGCUAUGAUUAGUCAAUAGAUUAAUUUGAUUGGGAAGUUAUAUAUAUAUGGGUUAUCAGUAUCAUAGAAAGCAAGUUGUGAUAUUGGACAGUUUAUUUUGUCUAUUAUUCUUUAACUUACAGUUUACUAAGUGUGUCAAAUAUAAUUCAACCUCCUUCAAAAGUUCUGCACUGAAAUAAGGAAGCUCCAAAUUAUUACUCCAACAUUAUCAUAUUUUCCAGCAAUGGUAGGACAUUGAAAAGAAUAUAUUGUUAGAUAAUAAUUUCUCUCUAAGUACUUGCUUGUAUCAAGCUUUCUACCAUUCUAUACCUACAUACCUACGUAGCCAUUUUCCUUUGUGUGUGAUGUGGCCUUUUUUUAUUUUCAAAACCUUAGAAUUUUUGACAGAUAUGUGAUAUUAACAUUAAUUAAUGUAAUCUUGACAUCACUUAAAGAGGAUAUGAAAAGCAUUACAGUGAGAUGGUUAACAUAUUGCCUCAUCAAGUUGUUGUUGCUUCAUAUGCAGGUUAAUGUAAUAGUACCUUACCCUAAUGCAAGGUGUGGUGGUGUUGUGUAUCCAAUUUGGAAAAUAAAGGACUCACAAUUUA